AUGCCGUUGUGUGUUAGAUUCCAGCCCGCGCUCACCAUCUCCGGCGGCCCCGACUCCGCCAACGAUCGCGGUGACCGCGCCCCUGCUCCUGGUCGCGGCUCUGGUGGCCCGCGGGGCAACGGUGGCGGUGAGCGCGGCCGUGGUCGCGGGCGCAGCUUUCAACCCCCACCACCACCGUCGCCAUGGACCGGCUACUUCGCCCCCUACGGUAUCGCGUUGCCUGCUCCGCGCCCUGGUUGGACUCCUCCCAACGCCGCCGGGGUCCUCGGUCCUCGUCCGGGUGUGCACUCUCAGGCCUACACCAUGAUGCUCCCUGGGCCGCCCGCCUCUCUGCCUGCACCACCGGCUUCCUCACCGUACCACUUCGGCGCGUCUUCUUGGGACCACGCCGCCCUCUUCAACCAGGCCUACAGCCAGCAUGGCCUCCCCGCGCACGGCACCGACUGGAUCCUCGACUCCGGCGCGGCCACUCACGUCACCGGUAAUGCAGGCUCUUCCAACCAGGACAACACUCAUGACGUCCAGUAG